AUGAUUUAUCACUAUUUUUUAUUGUUGAUUCUUUCAAGUUUAAUUGCAAAUGCGCAGAAGGCAAUAGAUCUCUCAGCAGCUAACUUUGAUGAAUUUGUAAUAAACUCUCAAGAAGUAUGGAUGAUUUUGUUUUAUAGCUCAGAAGAUAAUCGAAGUAAAAAUUAUCCUCCUGUAUUCAAAAAGUCUGCCGUGAAACUUGAAGGACUAGCACAAUAUGGAAUGGUUAAUAUAGCCCAAGAGGUAUCUCUUAUUCCUUCAAAUGAUUAAAUUUUAUAAGUAAAUAUUUUUGUAGCAGUCAAAAGUAGCGCUAUCAAAAGGAAAAAUAAGUUAAAUACAUAAAAAUACUUAAAAAUAAUAUAAAAAAUGAAUUUAUUUGGUGCAAAAGAUACUUGACUAAAUUUAUUAAAAAAUUACUGUGGAAACUUUUCACAGUUGAAUGAGGGAUUUAGUGAGAGGUUUGGUAUUUCUAAACUGCCUGCUAUUAAAAUGUUUGGAGCUGAAAAAUCAAAUCCUAUAGAUUUUAAUCAGUCGCCGAAUUUUCAGUCUAUAACAGAUUUUGCGAAUUCUCGCGCACCAAUGGAAAAAGAAAAAAUUGCUAAUUGAAGAAGCUGUACUUCUCAAAGCGGCCAAGAAUCCAAAUCAUGUGAAUAUAAAACUUUAAAUCCUCCUCCUCCUCCACCUCCACAAACAACUAGCAAAUCAUCUUCUAAACCUUCUGAAGUAGUUCAUUAUACUCAAGAAUGAUCGCAGCCACAGCAAGCACAGAUUUUGCAAUUAACUUCUCAAAGAAUUUUAGAUUCAAGCUGCAGAGAAUGAAUUUGCAUUAUUUUAUUUGUGCCAAAGCUCAAUAGCAGCUUAAAAGAAAUUGAAAAAUAUUUAGGGAUUUUAAACGAUUUAAAAGAUAUCCCUAAAGACAAAAAUGUUAAUUUUUUAUGGGCACAAGGAGGAGAUUUUUCCGAGUUUGAAAAUGUAUUCGGGACAAGUGAAAUUUACCCUUCAAUUGUUGGCAUGAGAAUGAAAAAGCAGAAGUUUACGUUGUUUAAUGGCAGGUUUGAAAGGAAUCGUGUUUCGAGAUUUUAUGGGAAACUAAUUCGAGGUGGCAUAGAAAUCAAAGAUUAUAGCAGUCUUCCAGUCUUAAAUGAAGUUAAAAAAUGGACACAAUAG